GGCAAUAGGACAUAGUAUCACAUUCGUCUAAAAUAAUCAAGCGCCUACAAAGUCGACAACAUGGUCUACCAGCACGGAGACCACCACCACAUUCCGGACGAGUAUCGGGUGCACAAGCCUGGAGCAUGGCUGCCCGCAGACCACCGCAUCGUCCAACACUGGCUCGGCCACCAUGUCAAACACGUCGACAAGGUCGGCGAGCAAGAGCUGAUUCCCGUUCUCAAGGAGUUCGAGGAUCUUAUCGAGAACAACACCCGCAUCCGCAUGUACUUCUGCUCCAUGUGGGAUGAAGUCCCUCGCAAACCCCCUUACAACACAGACGUCACAGGCCAAAGCCAAAUCCGGGACUACAAGCACAUGCUCCAGGUGCUAAACCACGUCUUUGGCCGGGCACCCGAGUGGACUGCUGCCGCAGCAGGCGUCGGCCUGGUUGGUGUCCCUCUUGCCGCCAUGUUUGACUACGCCUCCGCCACACCCAGCGGGCACGCUGCCUUUCUAGAUCCCGACGUGAACCGUAUGCUCAAGAAGAUCUUAAACGAGUGGGGCAAGUACCUCACAUCCCCGGAGUCCGCCUCCGUCCUCGGCGACCACCGCGCCGGCUGGUUCGGCGAAGUAAGCUACAAAGACCUGAUGGAAGUCGCCAACGCCGCCGCCAGCACCUCGUACAAGUUCGAAGAAAUGUACCAGUGCGAUCCCUCGGCGCCCCGACACGGCUACAAAUCCUGGGACGACUUCUUCACCCGGCGCUUCGUUCCCCAAGCCCGCCCCGUCGCCUCGCCCGAGGAUCAUCUGGUGGUGGCCAACGCGUGCGAGUCCAAACCCUAUGCUCUGUCCAACGACGUCCGCCUGCGUGACAAAUUCUGGGUCAAGGGCCAGCCGUACUCGGUCCUGGACAUGCUCGCGCAUGACCCGCUCAGCGAGCACUUCGCCGGCGGAACCGUCUACCAAGCCUUUCUGUCCCCGCUUUCGUAUCACCGGUGGCACGCGCCCGUGUCGGGAACUAUCAAGCGUGCGUUUGUCCAGGACGGGACCUACUUCUCUGUACCCCUCUUCCCGGCCGAGGAUGCGUCGGACGAGCUGUCGGGGGACAGGACGGGCAGGGCAGGUGAGUACGAGAUUUUGCAGAAGGGAAUCACGGUGAGCCAGGGAUACUUGACGGCGCUGGCAACGAGGGCCAUAAUCUUUAUUGAGGCGGAGGCAAAGGAGAUUGGGCUGAUGGCGUUUAUUGGAGUGGGUAUGGACGAGGUCAGUUCGUGCGAGAUCACGGUCAAGGAGGGGCAGAGGGUGGAGAAGGGAGAUGAGUUGGGCACGUUCCACUUUGGAGGGUCAACGCAUUGUUUGAUAUUCAACAAGGAUGUGGGCAAGAAGCUGAAGGGUUUCCCGAAAGUCGGGAGAGAGGAGAAUGUACCGGUUAGGGCGAGGUUGUGUGCUGUUGGGGAGUGAGGGAUGGGAGUGCCUGCAUGAGUGUGGCUCGGUACCUCUAUGAUAGGGAGUCGGGGUAGCAAAAGUGCUUGUGCUCAAGCAACGUUCUUGAUUGAGAACAAUGAUGGUACGUACGUGUGUAUGUCGAUUAAUGCACAAUCUGUCCUUUUG